UGUAUGUGUACAAUUAUGGGGAUAAUUGUAAAUUUUCAAUGAAAUAACGGACAAACACAGAAACCCAGUAUCAGGGAAAUGAGUGUUUGUAAUAUUAAUGAACUGAUGUGAUAAAAUAAAGUUUUUUUUCAAGCGCUGGUCACACACUUCAGUUUUGCUGUGACUAGAUCUAACGAGUUUUUCAACACAUUGGUAGAUCUGGAAAUGGAAUUAUACUGAAGCCAAAAGGCUGAGUGCUCUGCCAAUAAAUUUAGCAUAAGGAUAGAAGUUGUUGCAAUGAAUUUUUGCAUUUACUCUUAUAUUAUAUCGUAUUCAAUUUAGUAUGUGAAUGAGGAAAACGACAUUUAUGUGGGACUAGUAAUUUUAUCAAUUAUCCAUAGUUUGUGACAAUGUUGCUAUGACAUGGAAAAUUAUAGAAAUUGCUUAUAGCCUCGUGUUUCAUUGGUAUUUGCAUAAUAAAGGUUCAAAACUGAAUGACAAAUAGGACGUUGCUGUAAUAUUGUCCUAAUAGAUUUGUGUGAACGUAAUUGUCAGUGUUUUAUAUAUAUAGGACAGUCCUGUUUUGUAAUGAAAACAAUACAUGGAAUUUAUGUAUUGAUGUGAAGUUUUUCAUGUAAGAGUACAUCCUUUUAAUGAUGCUUUAGUUACACACUGUGUACGAGUAUUUUGUUCAUAAGUAUUUCAACUCGGAAAAUGUUAUAUGACAAUCUUAGACCAAAAAUGUACAUGUUAUACAACAUGUUUGGAAAAAAUUAAUGUGUUUUGGGCAAUUCUGUAUGUGAUCAGAACUAUUAAGUAAGAUUCUUCAAAGAUGACUGAGAAACCAGUGAAAAUGGACACGUUGAAGCCAGACAGCAGUGGAAAACCAAUUGAGUCAGUUAACUCUACAAAUAAGACACAGUCAGAUUUCUCGGACACAUCAAGCAUGAGUGAAUCACGACAUCUUUUUGAGGAUGACACUGCAAACAAGAUCCAAUCAAGCGUGCCGAUGACGAGCUUCAACUUCAUCAACUCUAUCAUUGGUUCGGGCAUAAUAGGGAUUCCAUUUGCUAUGAAGCAGGCUGGAUUUGGCCUAGGAUUGGUCUUGCUGAUUGUGGUUGCCUGUGUAACAGACUACUCCAUAAUUCUGCUUAUAGAGGCGGGAAAGCUGUCCAAUACCAAUUCUUACCAGGAUGUGAUGCUAGUAGCCUGCGGUCGUCCUGGUUUUUAUCUGCUUACAUUUCUACAAUUUGCAUAUCCAUUUAUAGCUAUGGUGAGCUACAAUGUGAUAAUAGGAGAUACAGUAACCAAAAUCAUUGUUCGUCUUGGUGGAGAACAUAUAGCUAACACGGUGCUUGGAAGUCGACAGUUCAUCAUCUUCCUGAUGACACUGCUGUUUACUCUACCACUUUCUCUGUAUAGAGAUAUAGCCAAACUUAGUAAGUGGGCCUUUUUAUCCCUGGUUAUGGUGGCAGUUAUACUUGUGUUUAUGUGUAUAAGGCUGGCUACAAUCACACAUAAUAUUCCACAAAGUGAUAAUUCUUGGAUAUUUGCCAACAUAAACAUCACACAGGCCAUUGGCAUCAUGGCUUUUGCCUAUAUGUGUCACCACAACACAUUUUUGAUCCACGCUUCACUGGAGAACCCAACAAAAGAGCGGUGGAGUUUCGUCACCCACGUCAGUGUCGUCUUCUGUAUGGGAUUUAUGAUGGCGUUUGGACUCGUAGGCUAUGCUUCCUUCACUGGAAAUACACAAGGUGAUCUGCUUGAGAACUACUGUCAGACAGAUGACCUGAUGAAUGCGGGCCGGUUCAUGUUUGCUUUCACAAUAAUGCUCACGUAUCCAAUAGAGUGCUUCGUCACUAGAGAGGUUGUUGAGAAUGCGUUCUUCCCGAACUCUGACCAGCCCCCCAUGUGGCGUCAUGUGGUCAUUACGGUAACCAUCGCCAUAGUUGUCUGUGCUUUCUCCAUGUCCACAGACUGUCUUGGCAUCGUCCUUGAGCUUAAUGGUGUAAUGGCAGCAGCUCCACUAGCAUUCAUCAUCCCCCCUCUGUGUGUGAUGAAGCUUCGCCAGGAGCCUGUACUCUCUCGCAACAAUGUCAUCCCCAUUGCCAUAGCAACGUUUGGAACUCUCGUUGCCGUUGUCGGGUUUAUCAUGGCUGUUGUGAAUUUCUCUACAGGGAACACGUGUAGUCAUGGGAAGGAACCGGACUACUGUUUGGAGCUGGAUAAGGGUGUUCUUAAUCUUACACAGGCUGAACUAGUUACUACAACAUUGCCAGAGUUAUAACUUUUCAUUAUUUGUUUAAAUAUAUCAUAAUAUUGCUGUACAUUUCAUAGUGCAUACCCGGGUGUAGCCAAGAUGGAGAAAGUUAAUCUGGCGAGAGAGAAAGAGUUUGUUGGUAAACUUCCGUGAGCCAAGAUAGCUCUCCAAGCAAACAGGAUAAACUUCCUCCAUCUUAGUAGCAGUCAUGAAGUAAAUUUUUCGUCCUACUUUUUAUGUAUAUUAUUGUAUUUUUUUUUUUUACUUUUUUAAAUGUGUGUAACAUCAAAGGAACAAAGUUUCAAAGUCAGCACUGCAAAAUAUUCCUAUAAAAUUACAACAUAUCUCAGAUUGAUCAACUCUUCCACAAGAAGAUCUCAACCACUCUAAAACAUUUAAAACCUACAAACAAUGAAUUUUUCUCCACCCAGCAUCACUUACAAGCAGGUAAAAAUGUGUUUAGUUUUUAUUGAGCCAACAUUCCAUAAUAGAUAUGAACUUCAACAAAAAUUGAUUAUAUAAAUUUUUGAACUUAUCUGCCAACUUCAAAACUACAGAUGUGAUUGAAAUAUUUCUUGGUAUAAACAUGUAUGUAGAUGGCAAUAAGAGGAAGUGCAAGCACCAUAAUCCUAUUAUGCAUAUUUAUUAAGUUAUCUCCCCUUAACCAUUUUUCAUUAUUGGUGCUUGCACACCGUUGUCCAGAACAUUGCAUUUUUAAGGUAUUUAAAGCUGCACUCUCACAGAUUGAACGUUGUGACAACUUUUUUAUUUUUUGUCUUGGAACGAGCCAAUUAAUUCAAAAUGCAUUGAAACCAGUGAUAC